AUGGAGGAGAGCUUCCUGCGGUCCUUCGGGGGGCUCAGCCUCGGGCCCCGGCAGCAGCCUCGGCCGCCACCCCCGCGCGGGACACCCCUGCGUCGCCACAGCUUCCGAAAGCACCUCUACCUCCUGCGAGGCCUCCCGGGCUCGGGGAAGACCACGCUGGCCAGGCAGCUGCAGCGGGAGUUCCCCAGAGCCCUGAUCUUCAGCACCGAUGACUUCUUCUUCCAGGAAGACGGAACUUAUGAGUUCAACCCGGACUUCCUGGAGGAGGCGCACAAGUGGAACCAGAAACGAGCCAGAAAAGCAAUGAGGAAUGGCAUCUCCCCCAUAAUUAUUGAUAACACCAACCUGCACGCCUGGGAGAUGAAGCCCUAUGCAGCCAUGGCACUUGAACACAACUAUGAAGUUCUGUUCCGUGAACCCGACACGCGGUGGAAGUUCAACGUCGCGGAGCUGGCCAGGAAGAAUGUUCAUGGGGUCCCCAGAGAUAAGAUCCAGCGCAUGAAGCAGCGGUACGAACAUGGGGUCACUUUCCACAGCGUCCUGCACGCCCAGAAGCCGGGCAGGGCCUCCUGGGAACUGGAUAGGCCAGGUGGCUCGUCCCCCGCACACGCUGGCCCCCGGCCCAGCCCAGCCCCGUGUCCCGGCCGCAGGGCACAUGGCCUGGUCGGGGACGGUGCCUUUAGCCGGAGGAGCCACCAUGGACACUAG